AUGCAGUCCUAUCCAGGGGAUUUCCACUGCUCCUCCUUCGGAUUGUCUCAUGCAUUUGAGAAGCACAUGCGAAAACGAUCAAUAGCGUGCACUAAACUAGCGCGCCGGUACGCCUUCGUUGCACAUGGCCAUCUCUACGACAGUGGACAGGACAAGGCUGGUAGUCUGUCAGACCUGAUUUGGAUCCGCGAGAGACUGAUUCGCGGUGGUCAGAUCAUCCAUGAAAUACCCUUGGUUGGACACAGAGUUGAAGCACACUUAGACACCUACAAAUUACGUGUGAAUCCCUAG